AUGGAGGGGGCACGGCAAGGUGACACGGGCGAGGGUGGCGGGAAACCCCAGCGGCGUACCACCUUUCACGUUAUUGACACCACUGGCGACGGUCCCUCGGAGAGGUAUGGGCACUCGGCUGUGGAGUGGGGCGGGCGGCUGUUCGUGUUCGGAGGGUGCGACACACAAGGCGCCUUCUCGAACGAGCUCUUCGAGUACCACCUCGAGCGACGGGUGUGGCGUAAGUUGGGCGGGGGAGAAGAUGCAGAGGCCAAGGACGAGGACGGAGACCAGGACGACCUCCACUAUCCCAAGGGCAGACACUUCCACUCGGCGGUGGUGCACAACGGGUCGAUGUACGUGUUCGGUGGCAAGAGCAACGGCUACAUGGACGACCUGCAAUGCUUCCACUUUGACAGUGGAGUGUGGACGGCAAUCAAAGCGUCGGCCAAGAAGCAGGGCUCACCGCCAUCGAAGAGGUAUGGCCACGUUGCGGCGGUCUACAACGAGCGAAUGUACAUCUUCGGCGGCUACGACGACUUUGGCCUCAAGUGCAACGACCUCCACGAAUUCGACUUCAAGUCGCGGGAGUGGCACCGAAUAGAGCAGAUGGGCACGGCGCCGGAGAGGUACCACAUGACCGCCGUGGUGCGCCAGGGCUCGCUCUACCUCUUUGGUGGCUAUCCGGGCCUCAGCGACCUCCACGAGUUCCGAUUCGGCAAUCGUACGUGGUCGUCCAUCAAGACCGAAGGCUGCGUACCGAAGCCGUGUUGGGGUCACAAGGCGUUCCUGAUGCACGACCGCAUGUACGUGCUGGGCGGCGCGCAAAUAUCAUCGUCGCACAGCGAGCUCUACUCCUUCUCUUUCGAGAAGCGAAAGUGGAAGGCGCUCGACGUGGCGGGGAUCCCGCGGCGCUGCUUCCACGCGGUGGUCACCUACGGCAACCAGGUGAUCGCCUUCGGCGGGAGGGACGCCCACAAUGUCAACUCCAACGACCUCCACUGCGCCGCCUUUAACACGGGCGAGGGCCGGCCCUGUACGAUCGUGAACGACUUCUUCGGGCUCAUCAACGACGACGAGUACAGCGACGUGGUGUUCGUGUUCGAGAGCGACGUCGACGGGCGCGGACGCGGGGCCGAGGGGAAGGAGCGCGAGCACAGACUGCUAAAGCGCGACUCGCGCGAGCGACGCGAGAUCCGGGCGCACCGCAACAUCCUCUACGCGCGGUGCGAACAGCUCAAGGAGAUGAUCGAGGGGCCAACGACGACCACGACGGUCACCUCCGCUCGAUCAGAUAACGAGAAAAAGAAGACGAAGACGAAGACGACGAAAAAGAACAAGAAGAAGGGCAAGAAGAAGGCGAAGGAAGAAGAAGAAGAAGAGGUGGAUGACAAAGGCGAAGGGGAGGCUGCUGCGACGAAGCGAAGGCUGCGCAGGGUGAAGAUUCGCGGGAUCGAAUACGAGGUAUUCUACCAGCUCGUGGUCUACCUCUACACCAGCGAGCUACGACUGCGCGACCCACCAGACGAACAUGUGUUGAUCGGGCUGAUGCUGGUGGCGAAUGGGUUUGGGCUGGAGCAUCUGCGGAGCCUGAGCGGGUGGCUCGCCACGCGGUGCGUGACGGUCGACAACGUGGCUCUGUUCCUCACCAAGGCGCACGCGCUCAACGUGGACAACCUCUUCGCCUUCUGCAUGGCCUUCAUCCUCGACCACUACACCGUGCUAAAGGCAAAGCUCAAGCACUCGCUGGAGGCGCACCUGCUGCGCAAGGUGCGCAAGGCCGCUUCGGCCAUGGACGCCGUAGGCACCACCUCAUGA